CCGCGAUGGGGAAAGUUCGUCUAUUCGUGAUACUAGCUGUGCUACUGAGAAUCUAUGCUGCAGAUGCAUCGUCCAAAAUUGUUCUAGACAGUCACUUUCAUUACGUUGUGGUGGGUGGGGAUCACGUGGCGGAAAGCGUGGGACGGUACCUCGCUGCCCGGGACACGAAUAAAACGGUGCUAGUACUUAAAGGUAGCCGGUGUAAUGAUGUGCUAGAACCAUCCGAACCGUCGAAGCUGUGGCUGGAGGUGUCUUACCUCUUUGCUGAGAGUGCCCACUAUCUCGGCUACGAGUUUAUCGAUCCGUUUCUGCACGGUUCUAAGCCGGGCAUUGCGUUUACCAAUCAAACUGCAAGUUUUAUUCCACCUGCACAGCAGCUCUACGCGGUCGAUCCUAAUUUGAAGAUGUUGAUCGAUGCCAGACCUCAAAGAAUCAUCUACAACAAGGCAUCUUCAACGGCGCUUGGAGUGGAAGUAAGCAUCAACUAUGAAUCGCAGUACAUAUUUGCGACCGAGGAGCUGAUCAUAGCGGGGAGAUGUUUGGAGGACUACAAGCUCAUCUCUCAAGUUGAUAUAUUUCCGUGGGAUUUGUUGAGCGGGAUCCUUAAUAAUAUACCGCUAGAGAUUGCUCUGAAAAGUCCCAUCAUUGCUCCAAUAUUUCGCAUGAAUGCUACUCCAACGUCCAACCAUACGAUCGAACCGAAUAAGCAGCCUUACUGUCUUCUGGCGACGGAACUCUUCAUCGAGACAUUAUCAAAGUCCCAAACCAAUCAAACCACUGCCACCAAAGAAGGCAUACAACCGAACGCGAAAGUGAACAUAAUCGUCAACGAACGGGCACCGGAUCGUUGGAUAGGAUUUAAUCCUUCCGUCAUCUACCAAGACACAGCAACGGAACUGAACGAUCCGGCUACAGUAUAUAAGGUACUAGCGGACACCAUCGACGAAUGUAUGAAAAUAGGAACAAGUCAAACGUUUCAGCAGCUGGGUCUUUCCCUACUACCGCACCAGCCACCAGCUUCGGCCAAACACAGUUGCCCACCGGACCAACCGGAGAGCGUGCUGUGUUUUGUAAACUUUACGCUGACCACCGCUUACAACCGUGAGGAGGACACGCCUGUGAGUGCCUCCCUGCCCGAGUUGAACCAUCUUACGGAAGACUUUCGGCUGAAAAGUUCUCGGAAGCUUCGGUUACUUCCCUUUGGCCUAACGUCACCGUUUCUGGAGCAUUGGUGGAAGCGGAUAUUCUCGCCGAGAAAGAUUGCGCGCGAAUACACGACCCGGAUGGGGAUUGUGAGUCGCGACUUGGGGCAGUUGAACCUUCCCUCGAUGGAUGCGCUGUUGGACAAGCUGAAGGAACGAUUGAAGGUCAUUGGAAGUAUCCCAUCGAGACAUUAGAUAAGCGUGUAGAUAAGUGCCUGUUAGUGUGUAAUUCUACUGUAAGGUACGAUGAUAGAUGCUCAAUUCACUGAUAGGACGUCUAUCGGUGUCAGGUAUCAUAAUCAAUGAGCUCGCAAGUAAGACAUCCACAAUGGAUACGUCGUGUUGUUUAUGAACUUCAAGUAAAAUACAUUUCAGUGUAAAAAAUUACAUGAAUUACUUACAAAGAACUUCUUUAAUAUCUAUCCGAGCUCGUAUGGACCUUC